UGCGCAUGGCGCGGGGCGGCCUCGCCCACACCGCCGCCACCGGCGAGCGCGAAAUGGCGACCGCCGCCAGCGCGGGAGGAGGGUGCGGGCCCGCUACGGCUACGCGGCUCCCAGCUCUCCGCGUCCCGGCCCCGCCGACCGCCCCGGGCCUCAGGAGCCACCGCGCUGCUGCCUCCGUCCCGCCCGGCGCCGCCUCCCCGCCCCGCUGCCGGCAGCCUUCGCGCGCCGCCGCAGACCGGGCGGAGGCGGAGGCUCCACCAUGGUGCGGGGCGGCGGGGCGGUGCUGCGGAAGUACGGCAGCUUCAUAGAUGAUCUGCGGCUCUAUGUGCGAGGAGGAACCGGCGGCAUGGGCUAUCCGCGCCUCGGUGGGGAAGGGGGCAGAGGUGGCGAUGUCUGGUUCGUUGCCCAAGAGCGAACGACCUUGAAGAGCGUUAAAGACAGAUACCCCCAGAAGCGAUUUGUAGCUGGAGCAGGAGCCAACAGCAGUGUCAGAGCAUUAAAAGGUGAAAAAGGAAAAGACUGCGAAGUUCAUGUGCCUCUGGGGAUUUCAGUUCUUUGUGAGGAUGGAAAGCAGAUUGGAGAGCUUAAUACAGCAGGAGAGAAAUGCCUGGUAGCUCGUGGAGGUCUCGGAGGCUCUUUGGCCACAAACUUCCUGCCUUGCAAGGGUCAGAGGCGAAUUGUUCACCUUGAUUUGAAGCUUAUAGCGGAUAUUGGCUUAGUUGGGUUUCCAAAUGCAGGAAAAUCAUCUCUGCUAAGCAAAGUUUCUCAUGCCAAACCUCAGAUUGCAGAUUAUGCAUUUACAACAAUAAAGCCUGAACUGGGAAAGAUCAUGUAUGCAGAUUAUAAGCAGAUUUCAGUAGCUGAUCUCCCAGGACUGAUUGAAGGUGCACAUGCAAACAAAGGGAUGGGCCAUAAAUUUCUCAAACAUAUAGAAAGAACAAAACAGCUUCUCUUGGUUGUUGAUAUAUCUGGGUUUCAGCUAUCUGUCAAGACUCGUUUCAGAACAGCCUUUGAAACUAUACUGCUUCUAACAAAGGAACUGGAACUGUACAAAGAAGAACUUCUAGCAAAGCCUGCACUUCUUGCCAUUAAUAAAAUGGAUUUGCCCAGUUCAAAGGAUAACUUGAAUGAACUUAUGAAACAACUACAGAAUCCUCAAGUGUUUCAAUAUGCUGUUUCAGACUUCUUACACUUACUACGGGAAGAAGUGGUUCCUGAGAGUACAAUCAAGUUCAAAGAUAUAAUCCCUGUAUCAACAUAUACUGGAGAAGGAAUUGAGGAACUGAAAACAUGUAUAAGAAAAUCACUAGAUGAAGAAGCAGAGAAGGAGAAUAAAGACUAUCGGAAAAAGAAACUACUACUUUUACGAACUUCAGACAAAAAACAAAUGAGUACAGCCUAGCAUUCUUAGAUAAUGUGGAUCAGUGUUUACAAACUUCUGAGUGGAUGAAUUAUUUGUAUUUUACUAUAAAUACAACCACUUACCAUGAAACAGGCCUUGAUUUUGUUGCUGUCUGAACUGAGAUCACUGUUGUUUGAACCUUCUUGCUCUGUUUUAAAACAAAGUUAAAAUGUUUCCAGGUAUGUAAGAAGUGGACAGUGCAAGACAAAAGUUAUCUAAAAUGUGAAGCAUAACUGUCAGGAAUAUGAGUUUAGAGGAAAAAUAAUAGUUAUAAAGAUCAUUUGAUCUUGAGCAUUUCAUAUGUUGUUUCAUAACUUGUUUACUCAGACUUUUAAAUAAAAGUUUAUUUGAAAUUGUAA